GUGCACUAACUAGACGUUUACUUUGAAGUCCUGCCGUCAACUUUUCAUAUCUUUCUUAAGUUUAAUGGGUUUCCAACGUCUGGGCCCCCUUAGAAUUGGAAAUUAUAUAUUGGGCGAAACACUGGGCGUCGGUUCUUUCGGAAAAGUUAAACUUGCUUCGCAUCAGCAGACAGAACACAAAGUUGCUGUAAAGAUUUUAAAUCGAAAGAAAAUUCGCAUUUUGGAUAUGAUUGGCAAAAUCAAACGCGAGAUUCAAAAUUUAAAACUUUUUUCGCAUCCUCACAUUAUAAAACUCUACGAAGUUAUUACCACACCUACUGACAUCUUUAUGGUUAUGGAGUAUGUCUCUGGAGGCGAACUUUUUGAUCACAUCGUAAAGCACGGAAAAUUUUCUGAAGACGUUGCUCGCUCUUUCUUCCAGCAAAUAAUUUCUGCCGUGGAGUACUGUCAUCGUCAUAAAAUCGUUCACAGAGAUUUAAAACCAGAGAAUCUUCUUCUUGACAAAAAUAAAAACGUCAAAGUCGCUGAUUUCGGUUUAUCUAACAUCAUGAUGGAUGGCGAAUUCCUCAAGACUUCUUGCGGAUCUCCUAACUAUGCCGCUCCGGAAGUAAUAUCCGGAAAAUUGUACGCGGGCCCCGAGGUCGACGUGUGGAGCUGCGGUGUUAUACUUUACGCUCUUCUUUGCGGGAAGCUUCCCUUCGACGAUGAAUAUAUCCCAUCUUUGUUUAAAAAGAUAAAAAAAGGGAUCUUUGUAAUGCCAUCCUACUUGUCGGACGCUGCCCAAGAAAUAUUAACGUCGAUGUUGCAAGUAGAUCCUCUGAAACGCGCUACCAUUGCUCAGAUUCGGGAGCAUCCCUGGUUCAACGUCGACCUGCCGGAGUACCUCAAGCCUCACGUGGAUCACAACGACUCCUCGAGGGUAGACGAAGAGGUCCUACAAGUCGUGUGUUCGAAAAUGUCUGCCACAGCCGCAGAGGUGAGCGAGGCUCUCCGUAGCAACAUAGACAACGACCCGCUAAAAAUUGCUUAUAAUCUGGUGUUGGACGAUAAAGUUAUGCGAAUGAGAGCACGUGAAAGCAAGGAUUUGAAGGGGAAAAUUACUGAUCCCGAGGUUGAGUUGAUGAUCACUCGAAGCAUACAAAGAGAGAAUGCGCCAGGCCCACUGGAGGUCCUGCCCAGCGUCUCAACUUCUAUGACAGGGAUACUCGAUAUACUUUAGCAAUGGCGUAUACUUUUAAUAUUUAAUACUUUUUAGCUCCCGGGAAUCAAGAGAAAAGACCUAGGUUGUACUGAUAUCUUUGCCUUGAACGAGAAAAGAAUAUCAUGAACAUAUACACACUCCAUUCAGAUGGCAUCUGGGAAUAAGAAGUAAAAGCAAACCCCACGAGAUCAUGAGCGAAGUGUUUCGAGCAAUGAAAACUGUCGACUUUGAGUGGAAGAUUUUAUCUCCUUUUCAUGUCUACUGCCGUUCUCGCAAGCCCAAAGAACAAAUAAAACUAAGCCUGCAGCUCUACAAGAUUGAUGACCAAUACUACCUUCUAGACUUUAAAAACUUGACGUUGCCGCCGCUCAUAAAUUCGACGAGCGAGUUGCCGGAGCCUAGCGACAAUAUUCGGCCGGACUAUGGGCACUCCUAUGAGAAUGUUGGUGUUAUCACAUUGCAAUUCUUUGAACAGUGUGCGCUGUUGAUAAGGGAACUCGCCGUGUCGCGCUCGUAAAAGGUUAUAGCCUGAAACAAACGUUGGAAUCAUUUAAAACUUGCUACUAGUUGUCUUGUUGACUUUG